AUGCCACCAGAGGUUCCAGCUUGUCAAAAAUACGCAUGUGCGAUUCAGGAUUGUCUUUCUAAGAACAAUUACCAAGAAGCUAAAUGUGCAACAGCCUUAGCUGAUCUCGAAAAGUGUUGUAAAGCCUUGAUUGCAAAAGGCGGUAAGAGUGUUUGUUGUCCAGAGAAAAAGUACAAGGGGUGCAUCUAG